AUGCAGAUCAAGGACCGCACAUUCAUCGUCUCGGGCGGGAGCAGUGGGCUCGGCCUCGCAACUGCCUCUCUCCUGGUUCAGUUCGGCGCAUACCUCUCGAUCCUCGACCUCAAUCCUCCUCCCUCAGAUUCGCAGUUUGACCGCGCCCGUAUCCUCUUUACAAAGACCAACGUAGCAUCCACCGAGUCCAUACAAACCGCCUUGCAAAACACUCUGAAAUGGAUCAAAGAAGAUACUUCUGCACCUCUUUCCGGCGUCAUCUGCUCGGCGGGGAUCGGUACGGCUGCGCUCUCCCUACCCAGACAAGAUCCUUCAGCAACACACGAGACGGCCAAGUAUAUGGACAUGUCCGGCUUUGAUCGGACAUUGGCAAUCAAUCUGCGGGGCACGGUUGACCUCAUCCGGCUGACGAUCCCGCACAUGGCGCUCAACGAACCAUGGGGUCCGGACGGCGAGCGUGGGAUUAUAGUCGUGGUCUCCUCCGUCGCGGCGUACGAGGGCCAAGUUGGUCAAUUGGCAUACAGCGCAAGCAAAGGCGCCGUCCGAAGCAUCGUUCUCCCGCUGGCACGGGAGUUGGGCCAAAAGGCCGGGAUAAGAGUCAUGGGCACCGCGCCAGGAGUGUUCCAGACAGGCAUGACAACUCAGCCGAAGAAGAAACCACAACCGGCGGGCAUGAACACGGAGAUGAUCCAAUAUCCCAUGCGAAUGGGACAAGGCCACGAAUUUGCCCGCCUCGUCAAGGAAAUCGUGGAGAACCCCAUGCUGAACGGGUUUGUCAUUCGACUCGACGGCGCCGUGAGAAUGCCCAGUCGGCUAUGA